AGAAAAACAAGAGGUGGUGAGUGUGACUAUAAUUAGAAUGCCAUCUUCUAAUGCAAACUCUCUUCAAAUCGUACUAAACAUUCCCCAUGGCUGCUGCACCAUUGCAAUAUUCAUUCUCUCCUCUUAGCAGAGGCCAGAAAUUAACAAGUGACAGGUUGCUGCUGCUGCAGCCACUACUUAUACCAUCACUAUCAUCCAACCGUAGAUGUUUUCGCCUUCUCGCAACCCAAACUACCAGUGGCCAGCCAAAGCCAAAGCCAGGGGAGGACACAAGGAUUCACUGGGAAAAUGAAGAUGAAGGCUGGAUUGGUGGAGGCUAUAGCCAAACUCGAAAAAAGUUGGAACCUGAAGAGAAGAAGCGGAAUUUGCUGGAUGACAACUUCUCUGACUUGCUUAACAGUUCAACUGAUUCUCAUUAUCAGUUCUUAGGAGUAUCAGCUGAAGCCGAUAUAGAAGAAAUCAAAUCGGCAUACAGGAGACUAUCAAAAGAGUAUCAUCCUGACACAACUUCGCUCCCCCUGAAAGCAGCAUCAGAGAAGUUCAUGAAACUAAGAGAUAUUUAUGACACAUUGUGCGACGAAGAGAAACGCAGGUUCUACGACUGGACACUUGCUCAAGAAACCGCCAGCCGCGAAGCAGAGAAAAUGAGGAUCAAACUUGAAGAUCCUUAUAUGCAACAAAUUCGGAAUUUUGAGUCUGUUCCAGACAUGGUGGAUCGGCUUGGGGGUAGGAAUAUGGAGCUUAGUGGCCAAGCAAAGUCAGCUCUUACAUUUGAUAUUUUAAUUAUUAUAUUUUCGAUAUGUUCUAUUGCUUAUGUGCUCAUCUUCAAGGAACCUUAUUACUAGUCCUAGGAUGAAACAGUUGUGUACAUAUAUAUAUUCAAUACAAGAAGCAGAAGAUUAAUAAAUCUCGAAUGGAAUUCGAUGCAAUGCAUCCUAGUAAA